GACGCACAGUUACCUCAGACACGACCAGGCGAACGGUCAACGCCAAUGCGAUGGUAGCAGGGACACACUAGGCCGUAGCGGACGGGAAGAGGGGUUUUUAUGUGGAGGAGUGCAUCGGCAGCACACACAGGCUUUAUCUUUAGCCCGCCAUGACCGCGAAGCUGUGGUUUUAGGCUAAACAAGCUUCUCUUUUGCAGCUGACGCGCCGUGUCAACACAAAGGCCUAUGUCGCUGACUAGCUCCUCGGCUAGCUAGCUAGCAAGGGGAAGAACGCCAACCUCUGCUGCAGCAAAAGGAACUGGCGUGACAUUUUUUGAUGUUUUACUUGUAGCGUAGUGAAUCUCCUCCACCGAGACGACGACAUUUGAGGGUUUCCUCGCUUUUCCACUACAAUGACGGAACAGGGCGCAGUGGCAAUGCAGCAGAAUUUGGACAGGAGCUGCUGGGUGUGCUUCGCCACAGAUGAAGACGACCGCACAGCAGAAUGGGUGCGUCCCUGUCACUGCCGCGGCUCCACCAAGUGGGUUCACCAGGCCUGCCUGCAGCGCUGGGUGGACGAAAAGCAGCGUGGCAACAGCACUGCACGAGUGACCUGCCCACAGUGCAACGCAGAGUACCUCAUCGUCUUUCCCAAACUUGGUCCAGUGGUCUACGUGCUGGACCUGGCCGACCGGCUCAUCUCUAAGGCCGGACCCUUUGCAGCAGCCGGCAUCAUGGUGGGCUCCAUCUACUGGACUGCCGUCACAUAUGGAGCUGUCACCGUCAUGCAGGUGGUCGGACAUAAGGAGGGCCUGGAUGUUAUGGAGCGGGCCGACCCUUUGUUCCUGUUAAUCGGCCUGCCCACCAUCCCCGUCAUGCUGAUCCUGGGCAAGAUGAUCCGCUGGGAGGACUACGUGCUGCGUCUGUGGAGGAAGUACUCCACCAAACUACAGAUCCUCAACAGCAUCUUCCCAGGGAUUGGCUGUCCAGUUCCCCGGAUCCCGGCAGAGGCCAGUCCCCUGGCCGACCACGUGUCGGCCACACGGAUCCUGUGCGGCGCCCUGGUCUUCCCCACCAUCGCCACCAUCGUGGGGAAGCUGAUGUUCAGCAGUGUGAACUCCAACCUACAGAGGACCAUCCUGGGAGGAAUCGCCUUCGUGGCCAUCAAGGGAGCGUUUAAGGUGUACUUCAAACAGCAGCAGUACCAGAGGCAAGCUCACCGCAAGAUCCUCAACUUCCCCGAGCAGGAGGAGGCCUGAGGAGGAGGAGGAGGGAGGACAACCGGAUGAACCACACACACACACACACACACACACACACACACACACACUCAACCACCUACAGUACAGUACACACACUUCUGCCUUUAGGGGUCAGGGGACGGAGGAGGAAAUGAACACGUCAGACUCAGGAUCAGUGUCACCCGCACUUACCUGCUCCUCACCCCUCUCCCCCUUCCUGGAGCCGCCAACAUUCAUCACAAGGAUCCCAAGUACCGCCGCUUCACUUUUAACCUCCGACGUGUUCAGUGGGUGAAGACGGAUCAGACUGACGCACACAGAGCGGAGCAUGUUAGCAGUUUCACACACACACACACACACACACACACACACACACAGGCCACACAUCUAUUCUCUAAGAACCGGUGCCGAUUGGAUGUGUCACAUAAACUAACACCUAUUAUAAACAUAAGUGUAUUUUAAAGGACAUCAAAUAUGUGGGGCAUGUGUAAUUACAAAGUUUUAUAACAUUAAUAAAUGAAUGUUUUAUAAUGUUAAUUUUGCAGAUUUUGAAAAGUCCCCUUUGCCAAUGCUGGAGGAUUUAUAACGACAGAGGAAUAUGUUGAGUGUUUGGAAUGUAUUAAAGAGGAAACAACUGUGCAGACAGGAUGCAGUGCGUCAACGCAGCCAGGAGGGGGCGUGUCGAGGUUUCAUCUGACGGUACGAAAACCCACUGACCACCGAGCAGAAGCUAAAGCACAGCCUUUUAUUUAUUUGCUUCCUCCUCGUACCCCGGAAGUGUUCACGCCUGUUGCUUUAUCUCCACUCCCCCCCCAAAGAAGCUCUUCUGUGGUUGUUUAAAUCUCGGCCAUCACCACAGUGGUCCAGGUGCCCAGCCUGUUGCCAUGACAACCCCCCCCACCCCCCUACGGCUGCGUUCGCAGCACGUUGGCGAUGUGACACUUCGCUGAAAGAACUCGGGAACUUGAACAGUUUUCUUUCCCUCUCUUUAGUUUUAUUUAACAAAAUCCUUUUCUUUUCUUCAUGGUUCCUGUUCCUCUGUCAUGUGACCCUCGGGCUGCGGCUCAGCUUGGACACGAGUGGCAGAUUUGAAAUGAGUCAUGGAAGCAGCCGAGGCUUUGGACAGUCACACCAAUGACGAGCCAUAUUUCCUCUAGUGGCGCGAAGCCAUGCAGAUAUUUUAGUUUUUUUAAUUUCCGCUUCAACCAUGGAGAUGAAAAAUCACCUAUAAAAAUGCCAUCUCUGGUAUGACUGUAGACGGAGACACCAUUCAAACCAUCACACCAGCAGCAUAGAUGUACUGGUGAACACAAGUAGUUUGAUCUCAAGUGUGCUGAGUGUUUAACAUGAGACAAGAUGUUUGUGUAGAUCAUUGGGAGUGUAAUGUGAUCACUUGGAUUUAUUGUGCUGCUUUAUGCCACUGAGGACACGUGACAGCCUGUGGUCUGGGACUUCCUGGCGUCCUACGCGGAAUAAUUAACGUGCACAUGUAAACUGUGCCUGUUUAACAGAUGUUCUCUUCCCCCCCCUCCCCCCCCCCAAACCCAACCCUGUGCAUUCACCGUUCAGUCUCCACUCUGCCAAAAUAAGUGUGAACUGUGUUUGUUUCUUCUGACUCUAGAGUUUAAUGGUUUCAGUUCUGUGAAUAAAUGUAUUUUUCCAAA